GAAUGCCCGUGUUGUACUGACAGAAACGCUACGGGCUCAUCAGACAUGGAGGCCCGAUUAACGGGCAGAGGCCCAUUCUCACGCCUUUAGAAACACGACCCUUCGCCGGUCCAUGGACAAGGAAAUCCUGGCGACAUUUCGGAACAUUACGGGUAAACAGACUUCAGCUCUGAAGACGAGAAAGAGGCCAGGAAAUUUGAGGGAGAGAUCCAUUUCGGGUUUCUGUUGAUUCAACGCGGCCGCCAUUUUGUUGACAGUUCGUGUUUUUUUUUUUUAAUGAAGCCGUACAGGCUGUUUGUUUUUUUGUUUAAGUUUGUUUGUUUUAUCUGAAUAGCUCACGCUUUUACAUCUACUCACAGUGUUUCGGAGGAAGGAUGCAAGCAUUUGUUUUUAAAUCACUGUCAUUUGGGCAAGAAUGAUACUUUGCUAGGCUAAGCUGUGGUGUCUCGUUAAAGCUAAGCUACUACGUUGGUGCUCGGAGUUAGCCAGCUAGCCGUAUCAGCAAUGUGCCACUGACAGGAUUGAUUGCCCCCUCACCACCACCAUUCCGCUGGCAUGUUUUUCAACGGUGUGCGUCGCAUUGAUUGACUGAUUCAUGUCACAAAAACAAGGCGAUUAGUCAUGUGCUUAUUCGUGGGUUACUGCCACGUUGGUAGGGAAGGCCACCUUAGCGCUUGCAGGCAAACCCUGAAAAAUGAUAGCUAGCCUAGUGGAGUAAGCUAAGCUGGAGAGAAAAGUCUCGGGCGCAGAAAGGGAUUCAUCACUACAGCGCUGCUUCCACAGAAUAAACAUAUAGUCACUGCAGAGUGACUGAUUUUCCCCUGGACGCAUGGUUUAACCUUUCCUGAAAUCUAUUAUUUUAUAAUUGAAUGACUGGCAGUGUUAGUCUGUGUGUACAUAUCGCUCAUAAGGGACAUAGGUUUGGGGUCACUGUUGUGAUUUGAGCUCAAGGAGCCAGGACACAUCCAGGAUAGAGGGGGGGGGAAUAAAUAAACAUUUCUUACAAUGCUUGCUGAUUUAGUAUUAGUCUUCCUCCACGACUUUUGAUCUUUAUUAUUACUGUGUGUUUUUUUCUUUUUUCUUUAUUUAUUUGUUUGUUUUUGGGGACAUCAGCAGUUUACCGAAGGAACCACUCAUGUUGCCACUCAUGAAGGGAGGAUUUUGAUCCCAAUGAUGUGAAAGCUCGUGUUUUUUGGGACUCUAAAUAAAAUUUGAAGGCGACAAGGGCUGGGCAGCCAGGAACGGACCCCACUGCUUCAACCCAACAACUCUUACUAUACACCUUCCCAUCUGCCACCUCCAACUGGAUUCUACAGUUCUGUACUUCUUGCGAGCACAUCCUGCUCAGCCCUUCCCUGUUUCUCAUAUCAUCAAUGGAUCAGAGGACUCAAGGAGGGCCCACCACACCACCUCCUCUCACUGCAAGUGCCCUACCAGUCGAGUGUGAGAAGGAAGGAGGAGGUGGGAAGAAAGAUGAUGAAGACGAAAAAAAGAAGUGGGAUAAGGAAAGGGAUGCGGCGCCGGCUGUUCCCUGCAACUCGGAGAGUGCUGGUGACCCGCAGCAGCAGCAGUCUCCACAGUUCUCAGUCAAAGAGACUAGCUACUCAGAGGGCAAUGUCAAACUUAAGAUAGGCCUCCAGGCCAAACGAAUGAAGAAGCCCCCUAAAAUUCUUGAGAACUAUGUUUGCCGGCCAGCAUUCAGAGCGACGGUUAGACAUGGCAGCCGAGGCGGCGGACGAGGCAAUCGUCGAGUGGGACCCUCUGAUGGCAGUGGAAAUGCUCCAAGUUUGCAGAAAGAUGCAGAAAAGGACUCCACUGGUAAUCCCGGAGCACCUCAGUCAUUAGGUGUUCCAUCCAAUAAUGCGCAUACACCUGCUCUUCCUACUUCCACUUCCACCAGCCCUGAAACUCCUGUGAAUGGGAAUGCCCCAGCUAAAAGAGGUCCUCCGAAGCUGGCUUGCAAGUCUGAAGGAAAGACAGAUGUGAAAAGCAUUGCUUCUUCAGAAAAAUCCCUUAACAAUCACCCCCCUGUAUCAGACAGCAAAUCACACUCCUCUGGAAAAAAGAGCCUUGUGUCCCAAACCAACCCACCAACCCCUUCACUACUAACUCCUGCCCCCAGUACAUCUCCACAUGACCCCAAAAUUGAUGGAGUUACAAAACCACCUCAGUACACUUACACAGAUAGCCAGAGGGAACAAGAAAGAGGAGCCACAAAUUGGGGUGCUCCUACGGUCACUGAGAAGCUUGCGCAGCUUAUAGCCACCUGCCCACCAACUAAGUGUCCUAAGCCCAAAGCCCGGAAAGUUACUCCAACUCCAGCUCCAGCACACAGCAGCUCUCCACCCCUGAUCUCCAAUUUGCAGCGGCCUGAGCGGGCCAUGGCCAACAGGAACACGUAUUCCAGAGUAGCACAUCUUGCCCCCCCUCCACCCGUGUCACGGCCCCCAGGUCGUCCGUAUGGUUCACGAAACAAAGACAGUAUCCUGGAGAAGUUAUCUGGCAUGCCUAGAAAAGAGGAAGCUAGUGGACUUUCGAAAGAGAUUACAAGUAGCAACAGUAACUGCAGCAACAACAUUCCUGCAGCAUCAUAUAGCAACAGUCGCUUAACAACCAAUAACGAUAGCAUCGAUGACGAUAAUAGCAAUGGACUAAAAUCACAGUCUCGUCUUGGGCCGCAUUCAUCCACACCUCCUCUUUUCUCCUCUUCCUUAGAGAGAACAGGGAGUGGGAUCAGCCACCAAGUGAUGCCUGCCUCACUUGGGUCACGGAUCACUGCAAGCCCCUCACACACAGAGGAACCCGCUGACCGAGAGAAAGAGCGGGACAAGGACAUUUUUAAUGUCAGAGAAAUGAGUAAAGGCCCCUCCCCUGCAAUGUCAGGGAAGCAAGACACUAAGGAGAAGGGGCCCUUCUCUGUAGCUCGAGGGGAGAGGGGGAAAAGCUUAAGUCCGGCUAAACGAAGUCCUGCACAAGAAAAUCAUGCUUGUGGAGAACUUAGUCCUGCAGAGUCCACCAAACGUCCUGCUUCUCCUUCUGUCCCUACCAGUACUAGUAGCAGCUUCUCACCACUUUGUGAUGACCAUGAACCUGAAUCCCCUGGAUCACCAGCAGAACAGGAGUCUAAGCCUCUGAAAAAGCGGCGGGGUCGAAGACCUCGCUGGACUAAGGUAGUCAGUCGCACACAAAGAGCGAUAGAAGAUGUUUCUCCUAGUCAAACCAAAUCCACCACACUGCCUACCGACCCUACAUCCUCCCAGCCCAUCCGUAGGCCUGUGGGAAGGCCGCCCAAUGCUAAUCGUAUGCUCCCCAUUGCCUCAGAGCUCUAUUUGCCACCACCCAAGAAAAGGGGCCGACCUAAGUCCAAAAUGCCAACACUGGAUGCACCUACACGUGGUCGUUUGCCUCUCAAAGUGACUCCCCCAAAAGUAUAUUCAAUGUCCAAAGAGGAGCAGGAUCCCCCUGUCUUGCACCCAGAGGUGGACCUGAAUCCUCCUAAACCCAUGCCACGAAAGAGAGGAAGACCAAAACGCUUACCUCCAACCCUGCCACAGGAGACCCAGCCUCCAACACUUGCUCCGGAGCCUGGGGAUGCUGUGGCAGGCGACAAGGGCUUUCACAACAAAGGCAAUGGGCAGCUCAUAAUGAAAACGAUUAUAGGCAAGAUCAACAAGAUGAAGACUGUAAAGCGGAAGAGGUUUCUCAGCCAGAUCCUGCUAGGUUCAGGAUCAGGACCUGAGCCAGAGGUCACUAAAAGUACAAACAUGGCAGGGACAGUGGCUUCUGCUUCACAGUCUCUCUCAACGCUUGCUGCAACAUUUGGUGGCAAACUUGGACCUCAGAUCAAUGUAAGCAAAAAAGGGACAAUAUACAUGGGUAAAAGAAGGGGCCGCAAGCCAAAAGCACCAGUCAACAAUUCACCAGGUGCCCCUACACCACCACCUGAACCGUUUUUGACCCCAAACACUUCCUCCCCCCACCACUCACAUCAGUCUUUGGCUUCACAAAACCAGCAGAACCAGAUUCCACCCUCUGACAUUUUUCCCUCCCCUUCACUUUCCCAGUCUAGUGGGGGACAAAGCCCCAUCAGCGAUGCUAGUUUUGUCGAGCCCGGGUCAGUCCACUUGAUGUCCCACUCACAUUGUAGCCAUCACUCAUUUCCCUUUACCCCACCAACUGUUUCAGCACCCUCCCCACGUUCUUUGGGAGGUCCCACGUCUUUGCACUCCUCCCAGAAGAAGCCUUCUUGCAGAGGUCACCACCAUCAUCACCACCACUACAGACAACAUUACCAUUGCCGCAAACUCUCACCUCCCAGGCCUCUAUUGCCUACAUCCCCUGCUCCUCUUAGUGAGCUGAAGGAGGCCACACCUUCCCCUGUCAGUGAGUCACACAGUGAGGAGACUGUGCCCAGUGACAGUGGCAUAGGAACCGAUAAUAACAGUACAUCAGAUCGUGGGGAGAAGGCUGGCAGUGCGAGUGGGUUAGCUGGGUUAGGUGUCUCGCAGGGUAUGACCAAUGGACUUCUAAUGCCUGGAAUGAUGGGGUCAUCAGUGGGUAUUGGGCUAGGGCAUAACCUCCGAGGCAGCAGGAGACACUCAUCUACUGUACUACUUGAUUGUCCUUCCCCAACACCAUCCCCACUUGGAGAAAGGUCAUCAGCUGAUCCACGGCGACCACACCCAUUGGCUCCUGCUUCAGCACUAGUGGGCCAUAAAGAGAAGCAUAAGCAUAAGUGCAAACGGCGUGGGCAUGGAUGCCCAGGCUAUGAUAAGUUGAAAAGGCAGAAACGCAAACGCAAGAAGAAGUACCUGCAACUGCGUUCCCGGAGACAGGAUCCAGACUUCCUGGCCGAGCUCGAUGAGAUUUGCGUGCGGCUUUGUGGAAUACGAAUCUCGCACCGCACACCAUCUCUUCGUCUGGGCAGCAGUCUGGGUCUCGGUGCAGGAACAGCUGGCACAAGUCAUGGGGCUGGAUUGGCUGGUGCCAGAGCAGGCAAUAGCAUUGGCACUAACCCCACACCUCCUCAUCAUUACCUGCAUAGAGACCUUUUACCAACAAUUUUCAGGAUCAACUUCAGUGGGUACUACUCACCCCACCCAGCCUACCCAUGCGAUCCCCUGCACUAUGUUCGAAAACCUGAUCUCAAGAAAAAGCGUGGGAGGCCCCCCAAGCUUCGAGAGUCUAUGUCAGAGGUGCCUUUUGUUCCUGGCCUAGGGUUCCCCCUUACCGGUGGAGGGUUCUAUCACCCUUCUUAUGGUGUUCCAUACUCCUCAGCCCCUCUUGGACUUGGUUAUUAUAGGGGCUAUCCCCCAGCCAGUGCACUGUACUCUCACCCUCACCACCAGACUCCACAUUCUGCCCCAUCUCACCAUGGCCACCAUAGCCCUUCGUUUCCUCCACCUCCUCCUCCUUCAUAUGUUCAUCAUCAUCACCACCCUCCACACCUGCUUCUCAAUCCUUCUAAGUUCCACAAGAAAAAACAUAAGCUCCUACGACAAGAGUAUCUCAGUGGGGGGCGUUCAGCAGUGCUGUACCCUCCUAUGUCUUCUGAACUGUCAUUUAGCUGGCACCAUAAACACAAACACAGACAUAAACAUCGUGACCGCUGUGGAGAGGAAGAGGGAGAUGACGGUGGAGGAGUCGGUGGUGGUGGUGGUGGUGGUGGUGGUGGAGGAGGGAGAAAUGGAGGUGAAGGAAUGGGAACAGGACGAGCGGAGCGAGGGAGAAGAGGUGGAAGCAUGGAAUCACUGAAACAUUGCGGAUAUGGUCCAGAUGGUUCAGCUGAUUCCAGUGCUAACAAGCAGGCAGCUGCCACCUCCGGCAACUCUCCCUCAUCCUCCUCGUCAUCCUCAGCAGAGAGGUACAAACAGAAAGAAGCCUCCAUGUCUUGUCUGGUGCCUUCAAGGCUAUCCUUGGGCCAGGGGAGUCGGGGACACCAUGCUGCAGACUCUUGGUUCAGGAUUGGCAGCUAUGAUGUUGAUUACUCGAAACUCUCUCAUAAUCAGACCCUUGGGCAAGGGGCAUUUUCUGAUGGGCAUGUGCAUAACUCAGUGGGUUGCUCAGACAGUGAGGAUGAAGAUCACAAUUCUCCAAAUGAGGAACAGGAAUCUGGGUCCCACCACACCAACCUUUUCGCUUCAGCCCUCACUCGGACUUCUCUUAGAUGUAAUCAAGGCAGGAAAGGUGGGAGCUUAGAGGGCUCAAGUCUGACACGUUUGGACAAAUCGCUGAGGAAAGAUCUGUCCACAUCUGCUGAAAGGAGAGAGUCAGGAAACUGUGGUUUACAGACACGAUACAGUCAGUUCAGCGCACCCGAUUUUCCCGAGGUUCCUCCCCAUCGACAUCAUCACCAUACUCCUCUAUCUGUUUCCCACUCGUCCUCCUGCAUCUCUGCCUGUGGCCUGGAGCAGCCAGGGGGAAGUCCGUCUGCACGCUCUUCACAGCCUGCAUGCUGCUUGGACUCCACCCACUCCCGUCCGUCCCAACGUUCAGCCCCGCCUCCUCCCAAAAACACCUUGCAUCAUGUCAACAAAAUCCUCCGGGCCAAGAAGCUGCAGAGGCAGGCACGCACAGGAAAUAACAUGGUUAAGAAAAGGGGACCAGGGCGGCCCCGCAAGAAUCCUUUACCCUCGCCUUCAAGGUCACCGCUGCCUCCACCGUCACCUCCACCGCCGGAGCCGGAACCAGAGAAGCACAGUAAGGAAUGGGAGGAAGACACUGUUACAGAUGCCAUCGAGUCUGUUAUACAGAGGCAAAAACGAAAGGGCCUAAAGAGGAAGCGUUGGGAUAGGGACAGGGAUGAAAAUUUAGAGGACGAGGAUGAGACGGUGCAUGAGAGGGAGGAAGAGGAGGAGGAGGAAGCAAGGCCAGAGGCUAGAGAGGAGGAGCCGGUGAUGCAGGGACAGCCGCCAGGCGGGAAAGGAUGGCCGGCACAUGAGGAGCUUCAAAGCUUUCAAAGUGCUGGGGAAGGAAAAUCUGAUGGCCACUCCUCCCCUGAACGCACAGGUCCAACCCCCAUGGUACAAGCUCCACCCACAUCAGUGACUACCCAAAGGGAGAAAAAAGCUGCUAGGCCACCCAAGAAGAAAUUUCAGAAGGCUGGCCUUUAUUCUGAUGUGUACAAGACAGAUGAUCCUCGUGGUCAGCUGCUACAGCUAAAGAAGGAGAAGUUGGAGUAUAUUCCAGGUGAACAUGAGUAUGGCCUGCUUCCUGCUCCCAUUCACGUUGGGAAGUAUUUGAGACAGAAACGCAUAGACUUCCAGUUGCCUUAUGACAUCUUGUGGCUUUGGAAACAUGACCAGCUGCAUAAGAGACCGGAUGUCCCUCUCUACAAGAAAAUAAGAUCCAACGUGUAUGUUGAUGUAAAGCCGCUCUCUGGCUACGAAGCCACUAUGUGUAACUGCAGGUCCCCUGAGGACCUCAGUGCCAAGGGCUGCAUGGAUGACUGCCUUAACAGAAUGAUUUUUGCUGAGUGUUCCCCCAGCACUUGUCCAUGUGGAGACCACUGUGAUAAUCAGCGAAUCCAGAGGCACGAGUGGGUUCAGUGUCUGGAGCGUUUUCGGACAGAAGGAAAGGGCUGGGGCAUCCGAACUAAAGAGCCGCUGCGUUCUGGCCAGUUCAUCAUUGAAUACCUUGGAGAGGUGGUCAGCGAGCAGGAGUUCAGGAGUCGAAUGAUGGAGCAGUACUUUGCACACAGCGGUCAGUACUGUCUAAAUCUGGACAGUGGUAUGGUGAUCGACAGCUACCGCAUGGGCAACGAGGCGCGCUUCAUCAACCACAGCUGUGAGCCCAACUGCGAGAUGCAGAAAUGGUCAGUGAAUGGAGUGUACAGGAUCGGACUGUUCGCUCUGAAAGACAUGGACAGUGGGACAGAGCUCACUUACGACUACAAUUUUCACUCCUUCAACACUGAGGAGCAGCAAGUGUGUAAGUGUGGCUCAGAAGGCUGCCGGGGAAUCAUCGGUGGAAAGAGCCAACGGAUCAAUGGUCUGCCCGCUAAAGCGGGAGGAUCAGGAGGCGGAGCACGAAGGCUCGGGAGGCUGAAGGAGAAACGCAAAUCAAAGCACCAUCUCAAAAAACGGGAGGAGGAGUCCAGCGACAGCAGCAAGUUUUUCCAGCACCUCCUGAUGAAGCCCAUGUCGAACAGAGAGAGGAACUUUGUCCUGAAGCACCGAGUGUUCCUGCUGCGCAACUGGGAGAAGAUGAGGGACAAACGUGAGCUGUCAAAGAGGGAGGGAGAGAGGGAGCGAGAGAAGGAGAGCAGUCUAUCGCAGUACGCCCGGUGGGGAGGUGUCAUUCGUGACGACGGCAAUAUCAAAUCAGACGUGUUCCAAACGCAGUUCUCGGCGUUACAGACCUCUCGUUCAGUGCGCACACGCAGACUCGCCGCUGCUGAGGAAAACACUGAGGUCACCCGCACGGCUCGUCUCGCGCACAUCUUCAAAGAGAUCUGUGACAUGAUCACCAGCUACAAGGAUUCCUCAGGCCAAACUCUUGCAGCUCCCCUGCUUAACUUACCUUCCAAAAAGAGGAACAUGCAGUACUAUGAGAAGGUGUCAGAUCCUCUGGACCUCAGUACCAUAGAAAAGCAGAUCCUCACUGGACAUUACAAGACAGUGGAGGCCUUUGACACGGACAUGCUCAAGGUUUUCCGCAACGCCGAGAAAUACUACGGACGGAAGUCUUCCGUGGGCCGGGACGUGUGCCGGCUGCGUAAGGCGUACUACGGCGCGCGACACGAGGCCGCCGUCCAGAUCGACGAGAUCGUCGGCGAGACGGUGAGUGAGGCGGACAGCUCCGAUUCGAUGGACCGUGACCACGCUCACCACGUCAACAAAGACGACGACAUCAUCCGCUGCAUCUGCGGCAUGUACAAGGACGAGGGGCUGAUGAUCCAGUGCGAGAAAUGCAUGGUCUGGCAGCACUGUGACUGUAUGCGUUUGGAGGCUGAGGUGGAGCAUUAUCUCUGUGAGCAGUGUGACCCUCGCCCAGUGGACAGAGAAGUCCCAAUGGUGCCUCAGCCCGGUUAUGCACAGUCAGGUUCCAUCUACUAUAUCUGCCUCCUCCGGGAUGAGCUGCUGCUACACCAAGGUGACUGUGUGUACCUGAUGAGGGAUAGCAGGCGUACUCCAGAGGGACAGCCAUUGCGCCAGUCGUAUCGCCUCCUGUCCCAUGUCAACAGAGACAAACUGGACAUCUUCCGCAUCGAGAAACUCUGGAAAAAUGAAAAGGGAGAACGGUUUGCUUUCGGUCAUCACUAUUUCCGACCUCACGAGACCCACCACUCGCCCUCGCGCCGUUUCUACCAUAACGAGCUGUUCCGAGUGCCGCUCUAUGAGAUCAUCCCUCUGGAGGCAGUAGUGGGAACGUGCUGUGUCCUGGACCUUUACACAUACUGCAAGGGUCGGCCAAAAGGCGUGAAGGAGCAGGACGUGUACAUCUGCGACUAUCGGUUGGACAAAUCUGCGCACCUUUUUUACAAAAUCCACCGCAACCGUUACCCAGUGUGCACCAAGUCCUACGCCUUCAACCACUUCCCCAAGAGACUCACACCCAAAAGGGACUUCUCACCUCACCAUGUUCCUGACAGCUACAAGAGGAACGGCGGGCGUUCAGCCUGGAAGACCGAGCGCUCCAAAGGGGUCGGGGCUUGUGAUGAAGACCCCUCCCCUAGUGGUUCAUGUGACCAACUGUCCUUCUCAAGAGACACAGAAGGAGGAGGAGGAGGAGGAGGAGGAGGGCACACUGUAGGCUGUAACCACGAGGAGUCUUCCACGACGCUGUCCGUUCUAGCUCCACCGCAGGAGCAGAGGAGGGCCGGCGAAGACGAAGAUGAGGAGGAGGAGGAAGAGUUAGUAGAGGAAGAGGAGAGGAGGGAGGUCGAGGAAAGCUCAGUGGAGAAAGGAGGACCAGAGGCGUCUUCGCUCUCCUCUUCACCACUGCAUCUGUCCGUUUUGGGACGGAGGAAAGCACAGAGGGAACGACUCAACAAGAUCCUGUUGGACCUCCUGCAUCGGACCCCCAGCAAAAACGUUAUAGACGUCACCUAUCUCCUCGAGGAGGGCCCCGGACGCCGCCUGCGCAGACGCACACUCGGACUGAGCGACUUUGUGAGCAGGAAGUAACGCUGUUUCUAUAGGUGACAAGCAGACGGCAAAACAAACAAACAAAAAAACAAAACAAAAGCAGAACAAUAUGCAGGAACAGCAAAAAGAGGGAUGAAGGUCUGAGAAAGGAGAGACGCUUGAGGCUGUAAGGCUCUCUCCCUUUCAAAAGAAAAAAAAAUCUGUCCUCCAUUUUGCUCUAUUUUUCCUAAAAGAGAGGCUGGAUGUAUGAACGUGCACAGGACAUGAGGAAGAUUUUGUUUUUGUUUUUUGUUUUUUGCCAGCAAUGAGAGAAUUAUUUCUUUGAUGCAUUUAAAAAAGACAAAUGAUGUACGUUGCAAUGACACACGAACAUAGGAAUAUGUACUAUUUAAAACCGCGUAUGAACCUGACGGUCAUUUCCGUUUCUGAGACAACAACAAGGAGGUCAGUGUUGUUGUUUUUUUUUUGUUUUGUUUUGUUUUUCAAGGUGGUACUACAGACAGAAAGAAUGAGGCCUCUGAGAACAGACUGGGGGGUGGGGGGAUGCGAGGUAGUUUGGCCACGCAGUUGGACGCAAGAGGAGACCGGUGAAUAAAAAGACGCCUAGGAGCAUAGGAGGCGCAGUGUAGCGCACAUAUACACUGCCUGUCCACUGAGAGAGGAGAGAAGAGGAGGGAGAAAGCAAGCGGAGAAAGAGCUCACUGCACUUUUUUCUAACACGGACGUCGUUCGCUCCCGGAGAGAUGUACACUAACACUCAGUCACAGUAACGGAACGAUAUACUGUGCAGCAAAAAAACAAAAAAGAUAAGCGAAACAGAUAAUUAAAUACGUUAUUGGUUUUUGUUUGUCGGUUUGUUGUUUGUUCCGUCAUUCUGUAAUUAUAUGAGGAUCGGUAAGGGCCGGAGGGAUGGGAUGGGAUGGGAUGGUUUUUUUUUUUAUUUUGUAAACUUGGAUUAAUGGUGUGUCGGGGCAAAGGAGGCAGCAGGAGCUUCUUUUAUCCGUGUUAUUUUUAAGAAGAAGAAGAAAAGCCCAGAGAUUUUUGGUCUGUGAAGUAGUUUUCCCUGUUUUCAAUUUACCAGCUCAAUGAGAUGUUGAACCAGUGAGGGUGCACUGAAUUUUAACUGUAACGCCUUAGAGAGUGUGUGUGUGUGUGUGUGUGUGUGUGUGUGUGUGUGUGUGAGCGCUGCCCUGAAUGUAUGUAAGCCUGUUAGGAAAAAUUAAUAAAUAAAUAAAUUUUAGGGUUUAAUUUUGCAAUUGAAUAAAAAAAAAAAAAAUGGACACAUGCUGGGAUUUCAAACGAGACGACUGGGUGGGAGGAAAAGGGGGCGGGGCUUCGGGUGUUGUAUUGUCUGGUUUGUUUUAAUUUUAUCUAUGGUUUUAGAUUACAUAAUCACAUUUUAUUAAUGAUUUUUGGGGCCCCAAGCGAACAUAUGAGUUGCUGACAGAAAGAGAAGGGGAGGGUGGGAUGAAAACUGACAAAGAGAGGAGAGGAAGAUGUAUAUGAUGUGCCAAGCUAUGUAUAUAUAUGCAGACGGGAUUAUGUGAGAGACGUCUCCGGAAAAAAAAAGCAAUAUCUUGAUAAUGGAUUUUUUUUUUUUUUUUUCCUUCUUUUUUGUUUUAUUUUUGUGUAUUGUAUUGUACAGGACUCAACCCUAUAUGUAUUAUUAUUAUUAUUAUUAAUUAUUAUUAUUAUUACGCCGUUUGUAUUGGCAUCAUCGUUCAUUUAAGCUUCGGGGCUUGAGGAGGGACGUGGCUGAACGUUUAGAAACGACGGAGGAAAGAUAAGCGACUUGUCCUAAAUUUUGUCGACAUAGGAGGGAGGAGGAACGGACUCGGUGACCCCAGACCUGACGACUGUCAUUGUAAUUAUUAAUUUUAAUGCUAUUAUUAUUAUUACUUUUGAAGGUGGGGGGGGAGCGCUUUUCCUCCUCCUCCUCCUCCUCCUCCUCCUUACCUUUGCUGCAAAGUGUUGAACACUAAAAAAACAAACCAACAUAAAAAUGUAAAGAUGCUAUUUUGGAAAAUGGCAGAAAAGAAAAACUAAACAAGAGAAAAAGAGAGAGAGAGAGAGAAAAAAAAAGAAUCUAUCAGCUGACUAUCAUGUUCUUAAUCUUUUCUUUUUUCUUUUUUUUUUUCCCCCCCAUCCAGAUUUUUGGGGGGAAAGAGGAAAAAAAAAUAAUAAUAAUAAACAGCUCCUUCUUUUUUUUUUUUUUUUUUUUUUUGUUUUGUUUUUGUGAUAACGGUCAUAAUUAUGAUGCUCGUAUUUCUUGUAUUUGUGUGUUUGUGUGAUUUGUUUAGUUAUUUUAGACAAUCACAAAAAUAACAUGCAAGCGUAUGUAUAUGGACAGACUGACAGACAUUUUGUGUUGUGUACAGUUUGUCGAAAAACUUUUUCCACUCUGGAUAAAAAGUUUGUAAUUAUGAUUCUAAAGUCAUGGAAAAUGCUGUCGGUUUUUACUUCUUUUUUUUUUUUUUUUCUUUUUUUUUCUUUUCGUUUUAUAUUCUAUUUGUUUGUUUUUUUUUCUUUUUUUUUUUGUUUGUUCGUUUGUUUGUUUUUUAAUAAAAAGCACUACAUUGUCGUGAA